AUUUUGGUUCGGUUUACCUGUUUGCUAAGCAAACCGGAAGAUUCUAAUUCCAGUAAAUGACAUCGACAUUUCUUCGUUGAAACUUCUCCUUCCUCUCUCUCUUUACCUCUGGCGCUCUUUGUUUCUCCCGCUUUAUCGUUCUCCGACUUACUCUAAUUUCCUAGACUUCGGGAUAGAGACUAGUCGCUCUGUCUUAUUUGUCUCCCAAAAGUUCUUUAAAUUUAUAAGAUAUUGUGAUUCCAUUUUCUAGCUCUUCUGCGAGAAUGGGGCGGGGAAACAUUUACGGAAGACGUGCUAGAAUAUUCACAAUGGCUGUAUUAGUAUACCUAGAUUAUAAGUCUGUACAACAAAGAGAGAAAUGGACUAGAAAAUCUAAACAAGCUGCAUUAUGGGAGAAGGCUCAUGAACGCAAUGCUAAGCGAGUUCUGAAUUUGAUGAUUGAGCUAGAAGGUUUAUGGGUCAAACUUGGGCAAUAUUUGUCCACCCGUGCUGAUGUGCUUCCAGCUGCAUAUAUUCGCCUUUUGAAGCAGUUGCAGGACGCUCUUCCUCCUCGCCCCUUGGAAGAGAUCUAUGGCACAAUUCAGAAAGAGCUGGGGAAAUCAAUGGAUGAGCUAUUUGCAAAUUUUAUCAAUGAACCUUUGGCAACGGCAUCUAUAGCGCAAGUCCAUCGUGCAACUCUUCUUAACGGGCAGGAAGUUGUUGUUAAAGUUCAACAUGAUGGUAUUAAGACUGUCAUACUGGAGGACUUAAAAAGUGCCAAGUCAAUUGUUGACUGGAUAGCUUGGGUUGAGCCGCAAUAUAACUUCAAUCCUAUGAUAGAUGAAUGGUGCAGAGAAGCUCCCAAAGAACUUGAUUUCAACCAGGAGGCUGAAAACACGAGAAAGGUGGCCAAAAAUCUUGGUUGCAGAAAUCAAUAUGAUGGCAAUAUGAAUGCUCAUCGAGUUGAUGUUUUGAUUCCAGAUGUAAUUCAGUCAACAGAAAAAGUCCUUGUUUUGGAGUACAUGGAUGGUAUUCGACUGAAUGAUUCUGACGCGCUAGAAGCUUUUGGGGUAAAUAAGCAAAAGAUUGUUGAGGAGAUAACCCGUGCUUAUUCGCACCAAAUAUAUGUUGAUGGGUUUUUCAAUGGUGACCCUCAUCCUGGAAAUUUUCUUGUGAGCAAGGAAUCUCCUCAUCGUCCCAUUUUACUAGACUUUGGGCUCACAAAGAAACUAUCGACCACCAUUAAGCAAGCUCUUGCAAAGAUGUUUUUGGCAUCUGCUGAGGGGGACCACGUGGCUCUUCUAUCUGCCUUUGCUGAAAUGGGGCUCAAGUUUCGGCUGGACUUUCCAGAGCAGGCCAUGGAAGUAACAACUGUUUUCUUCCGUGCUACAACACCAGCAAAUGAAUCCCAUAAAACAAUGAAAGAGAUGACCGAUCAAAGAGCCAAAAAUAUGAAAGCUAUACAGGAGAAAAUGAACCUGGACCAGAAGGAAAUGAAACGCUUCAAUCCUGUGGAUGCAUUUCCUGGCGAUAUUAUUAUAUUUGGAAGGGUUCUUAAUCUCCUAAGAGGGCUUUCAUCCACCAUGAAUGUACGCAUUGUGUAUAUGGACAUAAUGAGGCCAUUUGCGGAAUCUGUGUUGAAUGGGUACAUUAAUCGGGGACCAUCAGUAAAUAGUAGGUGGAUCUAUGAUACACCAGUUCAUUCUGAUGUAGAAGCCAAACUGAGGCAACUUCUAAUUGAAUUGGGGAGUAAUGAUAAAAUACUUGGAAUUCAGGUUUGUGCCUACAAAGAUGGAGAGGUGAUCGUUGACACUGCUGCUGGAGUGCUGGGUAAAUAUGAUCCUCGUCCAGUUCAGCCUGAUAGCCUUUUUUCGGUAUUCUCUGUCACGAAGGGUAUCACCGCAGGAAUGUUACAUUGGCUGGUGGACAACGGAAAACUAAAGCUUGAUGAGAAUGUUGCAAAUAUUUGGCCAGCAUUUGGAUCAAAUGGAAAAGACGUCAUAAAGGUUCAUCACAUUCUUAACCAUACAUCGGGUCUGCACAAUGCAAUGGCCGAUACGAGAGAAAACCCAUUGCUGAUGCUAGAUUGGGAUCAAUGUUUAAAUCGCAUUUGCAUGUCAGCACCUGAGACUGUACCUGGAAAGGAGCAGUUAUAUCAUUAUUUAUCGUUUGGCUGGCUGUGUGGUGGACUUAUCGAGCAUGCAUCUGGCAAGAAAUUUCAGGAGAUCCUGGAAGAAGCAAUAGUUCGCCCCCUCCACGUUGAAGGAGAGCUAUACAUAGGGAUUCCCCCAGGGGUGGAAUCACGCCUGGCGGCUCUCACUGUAGAUACAGAUGACCUAAGCAAGCUCUCAGGGAUCACUGGUCGUGCUGACCUCCCCUCCACCUUCCAGCCGCAGCGAAUUGUUCAAACUGCUACCAGUUUGACACCUUUUCUGAAUGCGCUACAGGUCCGCCGUGCCAUCAUACCAGCAGCUAAUGGACAUAUGUCUGCCAGGGCCCUUGCUCGUUAUUAUGCUGCCCUAGCAGGCGGUGGUAAGAUUCCGCCACCUCAUUCUUCAGCUUCUGAGCCUCCUCUUGGAAGUCAUCCCCAGAAACCCAAAUUUGCUUCUCCCAAGACCUCCGGAAAUGGGAAAGGAAGCAGAUGGAGGAAAAUGUCCAUACCUCUAAUGAAUAGAACUAACGAUUGCCAGGACUUGGAGGUUAAUGGGGGUAGAGAUGCUAACAGGGAUGGUUUUACAAGGAUCCCUACUACUGACAGUAGCUGUAGUUAUAGCAGCAGUAGCAACAGUAACGGAGACAGUGAUUCGCCUGCCCAUUCUUCUAGCCAGGUGUUUGAGAAUCCUAGGAUUAUUGAUCAAUUCUUGGGUACAGGCGAAUACAAGAAUUUAGCUCUGCCUAGUGGCGGUUUUGGUCUUGGAUUUAAGAGGUUUAGUUCCAAAGACGGCUCGACCGUUGUCUUUGGGCACUCGGGUAUGGGUGGGUCCACAGGUUUUUGUGACGUGACCAACAACUUUUCCAUUGCUGUGACUCUCAACAAAGUAUCCAUUGGAGCUGUCACUGCAAAAAUUGUGCAUCUUGUUUGUUCCGAGUUAAAUAUUCCUGUGCCAGCCGAUUUCAUGAGAUUUGCAGCUGCGCCCAGCGGGCCCGAUUCGGAAUCCAACCAUGCGGCACCCAUAAUUAAUUGAGGAUCAAAGCUUUUAGCUUUUCUUCCUAUUUAUAUGUAUUAUAAUUUUUUGUCGCCUGCAUAAUUUAUCUGUAUAAAUGUCUAAUGCAUAUGAUUUUGAUCCUCCCGCAUGAUCAUGAACAUUUUUUGUGGCUUCCUUAAGAAAUUUUAAACCCCUAUCAUGGCCCAAAAGUGUAACAUAGUUAAUGAAUAAAAUUUUUUAAUCUACACUCAAGUUGUGAUUUAUCGAGU